AUGCCGCGUCCAAAGUCUCGGAAACGCCGCAAAUCUCGCGGACUUUGCACUCCAAAGUCGGCAGAAAUUUGCGGGAAAUCCGGGGUGCGCACAGCUGAACGAGUGUUACCGUACACCAUAAAACUACGGUAUUUUUUGAAAAAAAUUUAAAUUUCUCGAGAGAAUAUUUUAAAUUUUUCCAAUUUCUUGGGCAAAUUUUCAACGGUAUUUUUUGAAAAAAUUUAAAUUUCUCGAGAGAAUAUUUGCAAUUUUUCAAAAUUCUUGGGUAAUUUUUCAACGAUAUUUUUUGAAAAAAUUUAAAUUCCUCGAGAUUAUUUGAAAUUUUUCAAAUUUCUUGGGUAAAUUUUCAGAAAAUACCGUAGUUUUAUGGUGUACGGUAACACUCGUUCAGCUGUGCGCACCCCGGACUUCCCGCAAAUUUCUGCCGACUUUGGACUGCAAAAUACGCGAGAUUUGCGGGUUUUCCGAGACUUUGGACGCGGCUUUAUGAAAGGUACUUGAACAUUUUCCAGAUUUGUCAAAAAGAUCUACAUCCUGGGACCGCAACCCAUGUACGGUCUGAGUUUCCUCAACCGCUUUCUGCAUUUGAUCACCAGCAAACCCGACGAGCUCGAAUCCCUUCAUCUUGAUAAAAAACGGACAGACAUCGGGAUAAAGCAUGCCAGGAAACGAUUCGUACUGCUUCAGAACACUUGCCGAAAGUGUCGAGUGAGUUCCCCCCAAAAAAAAACACCCAAACAACACUUUUAUUUCUAAUUAAAGGUUUUCGAGGUGAGUCACGUGUUGCUCGAUGCGAAUAAGUACCUGACAUUCGAUCGAGACUCGAUGCUCGCCUACGUCGACAAUACCGUACACUUCACGGCACCCGCCAUCCGAAAGUUCGAGCCGGUUUUUGAGGAAAUUGUAAAGGAUGUCAUGCAUAGCUUGUGA